AUGGCAGCGACUGAAGAUGAUUUUGACAGCGAGGGCAGUGACAUUGAGUUGGAUGAUAGUGAAGAGUUUGAGAGAGAGGAGGGGGUAGAGGAUUAUAAUGAAAACGACGAUCCUUUAGAUAGAGCACAGGAGUGGGAUUUGUGGGACACAGACGGAGAGGAGGAGGACGGCUUUUACGGAUUCCAGGUAGACUGGAGAACUGAGGGUUACCAGCCGCGCAAGGCGAAGCAGUUCACCCGCAAACCGGGGAUGAAACAGCCGAUCCCCGUGGAUGCUAGCCCCCUGGAUGUCUUUUCGCGUAUUUUUACCGAUGAGCUUUGGGACAUGUUGGUGAUGGAAACUAAUCGGUACGCCGAACAGACGCGCGGUCAGACCCCCACCAACUCGAAGUGGAAACCUGUCUCCAAAACGGAGAUGAAGACAUUUGUCGGGCUGUGUCUCGCCUUCGGUAUUAUGAAGCUGCCAGCACGCAGGGAUUUCUGGAGGCAGACUAAAUGGUUGUACCAGACCAACGUCCCCAAGGCAAUGGCAAGGGACCGCUUCGACAUGAUCUGGAGAUAUCUCCAUCUCCAAGACAACAUGGACCCUGCUGUGGACAAAACGGACAAGCUCUGGAAGAUCCGGCAGUGGAUGGACCUCCUCCAGGUUAGAUUCCAGGCGCUCUAUGAGGUCAAUGGCUUUGUGACUGUGGAUGAGUCCAUGGUUAAGUACAAGGGACGCCUGGGCUUCCGGCAGUACCUCCCCAUGAAGCCGGUGAAGUGGGGAAUAAAGGUGUGGGUCAUGGCGGAGAGCAAAACAGGCUACGUCACACAUUUUCAGGUUUACACGGGUGCCAUUCAGGGUAAGACGGAGAAAGACCUGGCUCACCGGAUAGUGUCAGACCUGGUGGCCCCUUAUUACGGGUCCAACCUGUCCGUAUACAUGGACAACUUUUACACCAGUGUGAAGUUGAUGGAGGACCUCAAGGUCAGGGGGGUGCAAGCUUGUGGAACGGUUCGUGCCAACAGGAAGGACCUCCCCAAGAUUAAGGAGCUCACAAAGAAGGCUGAGUUGAACAAGCAUGAGUUCAAUGUGGCGCAGCGGGAUGACUUGACUUUCUGCAUCUGGCAAGACACCAAGGCUGUGAUGGUCCUCUUCAACUAUCAUGACCCAACAGCUCAUGGGUUCGUGAGGAGGAAGGCCAAUGGUCAACGCCAGACAGAGGUUCGGGUGCCAGCAUGCCUUGCUGACUAUCAGCAACAUAUGAAAGGAGUCGAUCUUCUGGACCAGAUGGUGGGCUACUAUCAGAUCCAUCAUCGGUCUACGAAGUGGUGGAGGAGGAUUUUCUUUUAUUUUGUUACGGUGGCGUGCUACAAUGCCUUUGUGGCUGCCAGGUCUGUGGGAGGAGCGGAGUGGAAGUACAGGAGGGGCGGCUACAAGGACUGGCUGGAGGAUCUGACCCAGGAGCUGAUCGUCCCCGUCACUGCAAGAAGUGCUCCUAAUGUGCUCCCCACCACCCCAACUGGAGCUUCUGCUGAGCAUGACCUGGUCCAGAUCAACAAAAAGAGGAAGACCUGCAGGGAGUGUUCUCUGAAGCACUGCGGCACCGACGUGCGUCCUGGAUCAACUCUGAUGGGGUGCAGGCAAUGUAACCUUCCCCUUCACCGCGAGUGCUUCAUGUACCACGUCGUUCGCCACAAAUGA